CUAACAGUGUUAUCAAGUUCUAAGGGAUGCGUGCACGAAAUUAAAAGGACAACUACAACCAAGUGCCAAACCGUUCGUUCCUGUUCUCACAUAUGUGCUAAAUCCAAAAUCGAUUACGAUGGGUCAGCUGUACGGGGAAUACGAUCUUAAUACACGCGAAUGGACUGAUGGAAUUUUUUCAACAUUACUUAGAGCUGGAAUAGCUGCAACGGAUCAAAACAAACGUUGGUUCAUAUUCGAUGGACCUGUCGAUGCUCUGUGGAUCGAGAAUAUGAAUACUGUUCUAGACGAUAAUAAAAAACUUUGUUUGACAUCUGGUGAAAUAAUGAAGAUCCUGCCUACAAUGACGAUGAUGUUCGAAGUCGCUGAUUUAAGAGUGGCUUCACCAGCUACUGUUUCAAGAUGCGGCAUGGUAUAUAUGCAACCAGAAGAUUUGGGCCUCGAACCUUUUAUUAAUUGUUGGAUAAAGCAAUUACCUAAAAACAUGAGUGGACAUAUCGAAAGAAUUAUCGAAUUGACGAAGCAAUUUUUAUUUCCGGGAUUGAAGAUUUUACGUAGUCGUUUACGGGAAAUCGAGACAACCGUUAAUUAUGGAAUGGUGCAAUCUUACAUAAACUUGAUGAACUUUCGUAUUGGUCCCAUGGCUGGUCGAGAAGGGAAACCUCCACCACCUGCCCCUUUCCAAGAACUAAUUCCCCAAUUGCUCUCACCUUGGACGUCUUUCGCGACAGUGUGGAGUCUUGGAGCGAGUUGCGAUUACAACAGUCGUUGUAUAUUCAGCGAGUGGAUAAGGAAUGUGCAAAAAAGAUAUAAACACGAAUUACCAUUCCCUGAAGAAGGUUUGGUAUACGACUACAGACUGCACGACGGUGGUUUCACGGAUACAAUUGAUGGCCUAGAACCAAUUCCACCAAAAUGGUACAAAUGGUUGGACGACAUUCCUCCGAUGAUAAUUACACUCGACAUGAAAUUCGUAGGUGAAAAAAGAAAAAAAAGAAAAUGA